AUUUUUGUUUGACGCCAGUCGCUCGCAGGCAGGUGCGUGGUGCGCGCGUGCGUUGAACAACUUUGUGCAACAGCUGAUUUUGGCGCCAACGCGAUCUUACACACGAUCAAGAAACAUAACCUACAAAAUUUGUUUAGCAAUUCAAGUUUUACAUUAGCAUUGUUUUAGUGUAAAGUGUAGACUAAUGAAGAUGACAGUUAAUCGAAUAAGAGUUGUGGUGCUUGGCAGCGCUCGUUGCGGGAAAUCGGCCGUGGUGGUCCGUUACCUAACAAAGCGUUACAUCGGCGAAUACAGCUCCACCGGCGAUUUCCUGUAUCAGCACAGAGUCGCAUUCGAUGGCGCGACAUCCGAAGUGGAGAUUUUAGAUACUUGUGGUUGCGCGAAACGCGGCUGUUUAGCGGAACAUCUCCGAUGGGGAGAUGCUUUCGCGAUAGUGUACUCCGUCUGCGACCGGCGGUCGUUCCUGGCGGCUGCAGAACUCCUUGCCUUGCUGGAACGGACUAGGCUACCCGGUUGCACUGCUGUGACGUUGUUAGGAAACAAGAGGGACUUGGAACAUGCGAGAGUCGUGAAAGCGGAGGAGGGCCAGGAGCUGUCGCUGCGGUUCGGGUGCCAGUUCUACGAGGUGUCGGCGGCGGAGUCGUGCGCGGGCGCCGCGCUCGCCUUCCACGCGCUGCUGCGCGAGGCGCGCGCGCUCGCGCUGCUGCUUCCUUCGCCUCGGCGCAAGCUCGCCGCCUAUUCUGUUUCUAAAGUAAUCGGCUCCAUCCUUGGGCUAAGCAACAAGAGCGUCCGUAAGAAACGUCCAUCCCUGAGCAUAUGAAGCAUUGGUUUGCACUUCGCGGAUCUUGUUCACUCCUGGAGGAGUUUGUUGAUCGUCUACGGCAGGCCUGUCUCGAUGGAGAGAUGACAAAGGAAUUUCUGGACAGAUAAAAGAUGCCAACGAAAGCUGCAUGCAUUGAUGGAAAACUCUGAUUGUACUUUCCAAUAACAGAUCUUAAUUGUUGGUUUUAAUUUUGUUACAAUCGAAUGAACAUAAGUAUCAUGUGAGUUUAGUAUGUUGGAUCUUUUCUUUAAUAUUAUUCAAUGUGAUAAUUUGGUUACUUACUGAAAUAAGAUUUAUAAAAGACAUUGGUUUGUGUGCUUUUUUGCAAUUGUUUACCGAUAUUUAUCUCAAUCUGAUAUUAAAAUAUUUAUUUAGAUAGUAUUAAUAAUAUUAUUUUGUAUUAAUAAACAUUAACAGAGGUUUGUAUAUUCACAAAUCCACUCUAUUUUUUUGUAGAUGUUUUUAA